AUGGAACCGGCCAAACCCACAAGAAAAAGAGUCUCCCGGGCUUGCAACCUCUGUCGCGCGCGCAAAGUACGCUGUAUUAUCGAGGAUCCUUCUGGUCCUUGUGUCAAUUGUAGACACAACGACAAGGUCUGUACGUUUAAACGACGACAUGGAAUAAUAUCAACAACUCCUCAAUUGCGACCGAACGGACCUGUACCUCCCCGACCAACCCAGGAUACCGAGAAGCCCGAUGAACCCUCAUUCCAACAACCUCUACCCAUUACACCGACGACGACGGCGACAACGAUACCACCUCCCGCAUCGAUCGCAUCUUCUUCAUCUUUUCCCGAAUCAUCCAUUUCCCAAAAUGUCGCUCCUUUGUCAGGCCCGCCAUGUCAUCCCGAUUACGCUUUCCUUCAGGUCCCCGACACCAAAGACGUCUUCCCUCAAGACCUCGCAUUUCUUGUCAGCCAGGGCUGUUUUAUUGUCCCGCAACGAGCUGCCCUGGAUGACUUUUUAAGGCAGUAUUUUUUACAUGUACAUCCGAUGCUUCCGAUAUUGAACGAGAAGGACUUUUGGCUUUCGUAUAAUUCGGUGGAUGGGGAUGUGGAAUAUGAGAUGCCUAUGCUGGUCUUGCAAGGUGUACUGUUUAUUUCUUCUGGAUUUGUGUCUGCCGAAACAAUUAAAAUGCUGGGCUUCCCAGAUGUCCAUCAAGCCAAACUCGCAUUUUACCGACGAGCAAAGCUCCUCUACGACUUCAGCUGCGAAAAGUCUUGCAUCGCUAUAGCCCAAGCAUCCCUUCUUCUCGCCCACACUCACCUCAUCCCGCGCUGCAUCGCAGGCAACAAACCCUUGGGCUCAAUCUGGCUCGGCAUCGCCAUAUCCUACGCCCGCGUCGCCAAAGCCCACUGCUACUCAUCCCUCCGCCCGAGCCGUGACACAGAAGUCGCAAAGGUGCAAAAAGCCCGCAAUACCCUUAAACGACUCUGGUGGUGUUGCAUCAUCUGCGACAGAUUACUUCCACUCACUUCGAGGCAAAAUAUAAAAAUUACACCCGCCAAUUUUAGUUUCUCGGGGUGUUCAGUGCUUGGAAGCGCGGAUCUUUGCGAUGAGCUGUAUAACUCUGAUGUUUACGAUUCUACCACGAAAACACUCCAUGCGGAGCUUUUGGCAAAGUUGGUGGAUCUUUGCGUUGUGUUGACAGACGUUUUGUCGGUUGUUUCUGUUCUUUACAAUAAUCCGUCAUGGAUGCUUUCGGGAAGGAUGGAGGUGGCUAAGGAUGCGAGUCUGUGUCAGAUUGAGUUGAAGAGGUGGUAUAACGCGUGGACCGAGACUAAAGCAACUCUUGAGGAGAGAAUGACGGAAGAUGGGUCACAGACCGAGUCUAUUAUUCUGUUCAAGAAUCUCAUCGAGAUGUAUUAUCACUCUGCUCGGUUAUCGGUCUGCCACUACAAUAUCCUCCGAUCCAGUCUAUUGCCACCAUCUCAAUCAGAAGGUCAACUCCGGCGACAGAGUGAAGAUCUUCAAGGUUCGGCAUCACGCGUGACAGAAUGUCUCCUCGAAUUUGACCGUCUGGGCUUGUCUCGAUGGCUUCCCAUGACAGCCAUCGGAUGCACGGCUUUUCCUCUAGCCCUUCAAAUGAUCGACGUCGAACUUCUCCGUCCCAAGCAAAAGUCCAUAGCCCAAGAAGGUGGCACACUGACGCGAAAACAACAACACGUCGACAAUCUUGUGAAGCAGAUGAAGAGCUACAAGAACAAGUAUUACAUCACAGACUGGGUCAUGCGCGCUAUUCGUCAUGUUGUUGAGCUCGCCCAACAAAGAUCACCUGCACCGUUCAGUACAGAGGAAGAUUCAUCACCGAGUAGUUAUCUCGACAUGUUGAAGAACAAGCCAAGUUAUUACUUGAGGCUUGUUAUGACCCUUGAUAUGAGCAUCAGCAAUGGACGACUACCAGAUGAGUGCGACUUUCCACCGUCAUUGAGAAAAGCUGGUCGUGCUUUUACGAGAUCACAGCCAACUUCCAUGUUAACGAUGGACGACGAGUCGAGCAAACGCUUUUCCGCAAUGAACAAGGAUCUCAUACCAGAUAACCUCGCAACUCAAAGCGGUAUCGUAUCGACCGAUUUGCAAGACCAUGUCCAGGCUCAAGAUGCUAUUACGAUAGACCAGGAAUCGUUCUUCAACAACAAACAGUCGUUCCCUGUUGACCUGACAGCUGCGUUGUGUGAAAUUACGAAUAUUGCACCGUUGGAUUUUAGUGAUAUGCCGUUGUUGGACUCGUCACACUUCAAUGACCCUGGUGGUUUGCCUUUCUGGCCUUAUGAGUUGCUUGGUUCCCCACCGGAUAAUAUGGGACAGGCGGGGGAUGUGAGAAUGGAAGACAUCUUUUCUGGAAUUAUGGAAGUUGGGAAUGGAGAGCAGGAAUUUGAAGAUGUUACUGUACAGAAUGGUGGGCCGGUUGCGUUGUCCGUGGACUCUUUUUAA